CUUGUCUCUGUCACCUUUUACAUAUUUCGACAUUAAAGACCCCACUCGUGGUGUUGUCCACAUCUCGUCAAUAUCCCCUCUCUGGGAAAUACAUCUAGUUCGACAUUAUCGCCAUCUAUCCUAUCUAGGUCUCGUUUCUGUACCAACGCUAGUCAUUGUGUCGUGCUUAUCUGCGCGCACCCGAGACGACCAAUAGUUGAAACCAUUCGCAGGCAGAUGCGCCAGAGCAUCCCGCCAAAAUGCCUGGAAUUCUUCCGAUGAAAGUGAUCAAGGUCGGCAACGGCGCCCAGAGUCGUAUUGCCCAGGCCUGUGAUCGAUGCCGAAGCAAGAAGAUCCGUUGUGACGGCGUCCGACCAUGUUGCACUCAAUGCGCCAACGUUGGCUUCGAGUGCAAAACGAGCGAUAAAUUGAGUCGUCGCGCUUUCCCUCGCGGCUACACCGAAUCCUUGGAGGAACGAGUACGCGCGCUGGAGUCGGAAGUCCGGGAUCUCAAGAACCUGCUGGAUGAGAAGGACGAAAAGAUCGAUGUGCUCUCUCGAAUCCAUUCCUUCUCAACAUCGUCACAAGGAAAGGCCAAUACUGCGGCCCGAUCCCCGUCAGCACCGGUGAAGCACGGCCAACCCGCUAUCGAAGAAGGAGUAAUCCGAGUUCGGCAAUUACCGCAGUCGCAGGACGCAAAUGAGUCCACCGUCUGCGCGGGUGUCUCGAGCACUCAAGGUUAUGUUGACGCCUUUGUCAACAAGCUUUCCGACCAAAAUCGACUUCCUCCGAAUUUCUCGAUCAGGGCGCUGACUGCGGCCCCUCCUUCCAUAUCCCGCUCACGUAUUGAUCAAACCUUGAAGACGGCGCCUCGGCUUGUCUCGGAUCAACUUAUCAACAUCUUCUUCCAGGAAUGGGCCCCUCUAUAUCCGGUUGUUCAUCGCCCUACCAUCCUUAAGGCCUACGAGCAGUAUUUGUCGGGCACAGAGUCGUUACGCGAUAACAAACACAACCUCACCCAGCUGAACCUAAUUUUCGGAAUAGCUGCCCUUGCUUCUGCCUCGAGAACCAAUCAGGAUCCCUCAUUCUUUGAAGAUAACUGGUCGCCGAUGCUCGAAUCCAUUUCCAACGACAUUUCUAUCCACACCCUGCAAUGCUAUGUCCUUGCGCAAAUGUACUGUAUGGCAAAGGGCGACUAUUCGAGCCUUGGGUCCUAUAGAGGCUUUGCUGUCAACCUUUGCCAUCAACUGAGACUUCACCAGAGUCAGAAACGCUUUGUUUCGAAUCCUCUUGUGGCGGAGACUCGGAAAAAGGUGUUCUGGUGUCAAUACGUCCUUGAUCGGUUCACUGCGGCUUUAACCGGGCUUCCUGUUGUCUUACGCGAGCAAGAUAUCAAAACCGAAUACCCCGAGGACAUUGAUGAUGAGAACGUCACUGAAACAGGCUUCCUGCCCACGCUUCCUGGCGAGACGACUCGCAUUUCCAGUUCGAUUGCGUUGUUUGCAGCUUCGAGAGUGCUGAACAAAGCUUUGGAGGAUGUUUAUCCUGGCGAUGGCGAUUAUGAUAUCUCCUUGCCCAAGAUGCGCUUGGUCGCAGAGCAGCUUGAUGAAUGGGUGAAGGGUCUGCCCGCUCAUCUUCGCCUUGAGUUCACACAGGACAAACCCAGCACGAAUGUCACGAGCAGUCGAUCGCCGCUUCUGUCGCUUGUCUACUAUUUCAUCCGCUCUUUGAUCCAUCGGCCUGCCGUCUGCUUCGGGGAAGACUGCGUUCGAUCGCCUUCGCUCCUCGUCAUCUCUGACUCGGCCAAGCAUAUAAUUCAGAUCUUACAGUUACUUGAUGAGCGACGCCUGUGCCUUUCUCUCAGCUUUAACCGGAAAGAGUUAAUAUUUGCUACUGGCCUCAAUUUCCUGUGGCAGAACUUGAACCUGAAACAUGACAGCAAACUUGCGAAGGAGAGCCAGAAGUGGAUUACAACUGUCGUUGAUCAGCUGGAAACCGAGUCGUCCCCUAUUGCCGCGGAGUUCAACGCACUGGCUCGAGUUAUGGUAUCCCUGGAUAGUCAUAAGCACGGCUCUUCGAUUGGACCUUCGGAUAUGUCCCCUCCAGCUCAGAAACCAUUGAAGUCUCCCAAGAAGCAGCUUCAGUCUUGGAAAGCACGCCUGACUGGUCACUCGAGUCCGUCGCAGACAGAAAAGCAGGAUUCUUCAUCUCGACGUGCCACAAUCUCUGGCGCGAGUACUCAUCCCAACGCACGCCAUAUCCGGUCCUCUAGCUGGGCAAGUCUACCUUUGGACAAUGUACAUGCGCCUCCGAUGCUUGCCGAGAAGGCUUAUCAUCGCUCUGCUUCCAUGGCUUUCGAUAGCAGUCACGCUCUAUCGAGCUCUGCGCCUUCGGAUGCGACGGCGGGCCCCAUCACAGUGUCGGACUGGGAGUUCGUGCUGAGUGACAUGGACCGGGGCUAUUCGAAUAUCUUUACUGGAAUUUAUGGUGGUAGAGAAUGUGGCGAGGAUAGCGGACCGUUCGCUUCCAUCACUGCCGAAUAUGCCCCAAAGCCCGACCACAAUACAAUGUCGCGUAGCGAGCUACAAGGAUUAUCGCCAGAGGCGUGGUCCGCUAGUAGCAACAGCGAUCUGCAGCAGGGCCAAGAGGCUGCGGCGCAGAGCGUUCUUAGCUACUCCGACGAGAGCAUGGCAAGCCCGGGCGAUGGGAUCCCUUACAACGAUGUUCACUUGUCGCCUGAGGAGCACGCCAACCUUCUGGACCCGUUUCAUGGUAUCAUGGUUCCUGGUGUGGAUGACGAAGUCCACGAUUUCGGGCUUAUCAAUGGUUGGGAUCGACGGCUGGCCGUUUGAUCUGUCCCUGGCAGAGGGCUACCGCUGUUACGAUUUACAUGAAUGAUUCUGUUAUGCUUUUUGGUUGUCAAGCGGGGUGCGUUAUGGUAAUGGGAGUCACCUGUAUAUAGUGGUCGGACUUUUCUUUAUUCUUUUUCUUUUGGUGAUACCUGGGGCGUAUUGGUUCUAUCCUGCAAGUGAGAUAGUUGCACGAAAUGUAAGCUGCUGCUUCUGU